CUUUCCUUCAUCAAGCUCUGAAAAGUAGGAAAAAGCAAGCAAAGAGAGAGAGAGAGAUGGCCAUUGGACAAUUCUCAUGUACUUACACAGAGGAUUACAUUGAAAUGGAUAUAAGUUCUUCCAACUUUUGUUACUCGCUGAAUUCUCCGCCUCAAACGAGAGAGUUUGAGUUUCAAAUGAAUUCGGUUUCCCUCGAAAGGGAAGCGGCCAUUUCACCGGCCGAUGAACUUUUCUACAAGGGAAAACUUCUUCCUCUCCAUCUCCCACCUCGCAUACAAAUGGUCCAAAAACUCAUUCAAAACUCCAAUGCACACCACGAGACCACACCUUGUUUUGAAGAAAACUUCCAAAUCUCCUUCAUCUCUAGCUCCUCUGCUUCCUCUGCUAAUGCAAGCAUUUACACUCCUCUUGAGACCUUCAACUUUUCACCCGUCGAGUCGUGCAGGUUCAGUUUCGAGCUAAAACCUGUUGAGCAUUGGACAAAUACCGAAAUGGGAGGCCACCAAAAGCUAAGACAGAAUAAGCAAUCCUCUUUGUUUCAGAAAUUUAAGGCCUCACGAGCAUACGUUCGAUCCCUCUUCAGUAAGUCUGCCUGUACAGAUGAGUCCUGUGCUAAAUUAGCAGAAAAUAGGCCAAAAAGAAAAGAACUAGGCUUUAAAAGAGACCAUUUUACAGCCGCAUUGGUUGACAAAGACAGAGUUAGACAGAGGAGGGCUUCAUUCUCUGCAACUAAACCUUCCUGUUCAUCCUCUGUAUCUUCAUCCGGUUCUUCCUCCUCGUCUUCUUCUUUCUAUUCGAGCUCGAGUGGGUUGUUUGAUCCACAAGUACUGAAGAGAUGCAGCAGUGCGAAUUCGGAGAUGGCACGUUCCAUCGAAGGAGCUAUAGCUCACUGUAAGCAUUCUCAGUUCCUAUGAUUUCACUCAAAGAAAACUAAAACCAAAGCUGGAGAAAUGUUCAAGUCCUUCUCUGCUCAGCAACAAUGACCAAGUGAUGCAAAGAAGGGAAAAAAAAAAGAAAAGAAGAUAAGAGAGAAAGACGGAGCGAAGGAACAACGUCGUGAAACUAUCUAGUUUAUUGUCUGGCUGUAAUGGUGUUGCGUUUAUAGCAGCUAUAUCAGUAAAAGCUCUUUAGUCAUGUCAAGUACUAUUAUGUUCAUUUACUGUAUUCAUUGUCCUCUUCUUUGGCUGAUGUUGUUUGUCAUGAACAAAAAUGAAUUGAGCUGUUAUUCU